AUCAUCAAACACCGCCCACUCUCUCUCUACCUCUCUGCCCCCCCCCCCCUCCUCCCUCUCUCCCUCCCUCUCCUGGCCAUGCCUCCUCAGACGUCUCACCGACACUGACUGGAACACACCACCACCACCACCGACGCCAACAUGGCUUCCUACCUGCACAUCGCUGACGAUGAGAAGGGUCACGAGCUGGACCUGUUCUGCGUCCCCAGACAUUACGAGAACGACCUGGACCGAGUGAUCAUCCCCCAUGGGCUCAUCAUGGACAGGACAGAGCGUCUGGCCCGCGACAUAAUCCAGGACAUGGGGGGACACCACAUCGUAGCUCUGUGUGUCCUGAAAGGGGGCUACAAGUUCUUCGCGGACCUCCUGGACUACAUUAAAUCGCUGAACCAGAACAGUGAUAAAUCAGUCCCCCUGACAGUGGAUUUCAUUAGGGUGAAGAGCUACUGUAAUGACAAGUCAACAAACAGUGUGAAAAUCAUAGGAGGGGAUGAGCUGUCCAAUCUCUCAGGGAAGAAUGUUUUGAUUGUUGAGGACAUCGUGGAGACCGGGAGGACAAUGCAGACGCUGCUUUCCCUGCUGAGUGGAUGUAAACCAAAGAUGGUUAAAGUUGUAAGCCUUUUGGUGAAGAGGACUCCGAGGAGUUCAGGGUACAGACCAGACUACAUCGGCUUUGAGGUGCCGGAUGCUUUUCUGGUGGGGUACGCUUUGGACUACAACGAGUACUUCAGAGAUCUCAGUCACAUCUGCAUACUGAACGACCAAGCCAAGGAGAAGUACAAAGUGUGAGGAGCUGGAGGGCUGCAGAGGACCCGACUGAACCGAUCCGACCACUGUGACGACCCUCCUUAGCUUUGCUGUGUUCUGAAUCUUAUUUAUUUUUCUACACGAGAAGCCACAACGUGUGAGCUGUGGGUUGUAAAUAACUUUGAGAAGAACAUUUGUUUUUGCCCCCUAUUGAAUACUUUGGAUAAGUUAAUGUAUAUUCAAAAUAUUUUGGUUGUUAGAUUUUAAUUUAUUUAUUCACCUCAAUGUAUAGACUCUGCCUGUAAAUUACAGUUUUAUCUCUGCGAUAGAGAGAAAGAAUGAUGUUAUUUUUGUUCUGGCACAUUGAUUUAAAUCACAGGUCUCAGGCAAUUGUUUUAUUUUCAGUGAACAACCUUCGUGGUAUGUUGUGUUCUUCUUGUUAUGCCAUAAAAUGACUUGGAAUGUACUGUAAGUUUGAUUUAAUGUUCUGUUUUCAUGGGUGACCUGUUUACUGCAAUACACAAAUCCCAUUCAAA